UGCUACACACACAUCCGCUAACGUUGUGUUUAAUAAACAAAACCGUUUCCAAAUCAGCGCUUUAACAGGCUACUUUAUCUGUCUUGGAGAGUGGCUCAGUCGAGGCGUAACAUUUUGAAAGCUUGUGUUCACUAUACAGCCACAGAAAGAGCAGAUGAGUUAAGCAGGUUUAAAGAACCAAACCACGGCUUCUGAAGAGGAAUUAAAACUACUGAGAAGUUAGAAUGAACCACUGGAGUACACUGUGACAAGCAAGAAGAAACCAUUCAACUCCGACCUCCUAUGCAAAGGCUCCAUGGCAUAAAGCUUGUCCUCAGAUUCAGCUGGUGCCUGGGGAGAGCUGCAGAGGAGCUCAACACUCUGACGCCCUGCUGCCAUUUUCCACAGUCGGAGGUGAACCAGGAAGCACCCAGCAGGAGUCAUGCCUGCCCUGGCCACCGGAGCCGGCCAUGAGCCAGGUCUGUACGAGCUGCUGGCAGCUCUGCCCUCCCAGCUGCAGCCCCAUGUCAGCCGCCCAGAGGACAACACCUUCCUCCAGGACAUGUUCGGAGAGAGAAGCCUCCACUCGUUGGUCAAGAUCCACGAACUGCUGCAGCAUUACGAAGGGAGCAAACCCAUCCCCGUCCUAGGCAACGCUGCAGCUCUGGCCAAUGAGUUGUCCGAGCAGCUGGAAGGGAAAACUACCAAUGGAGAAAUCAAAGAACUUCUUCAAAUACUGGCCAAACCCUACGUGAAGAGCCUUCUGUCAGUCCAUGACAUGGUCGCACAGAAGAGUUACGACCCUGAACUACCUCCGCUGCCAGAAGACCUUGAUGACGAUGAGGAGUCUGUGAAAAUCAUAAGACUGGUCAAAAAUAAGGAACCUCUUGGAGCGACGAUAAGGCGCAACGAUCACACAGGGGCCAUCUUCGUGGCCCGGAUUAUGAAAGGAGGGGCAGCUGAUAGAAGCGGACUGAUUCAUGUUGGAGAUGAACUGAAGGAAGUCAAUGGAAUCCCUGUGGAUGACAAGAAACCAGAGGAAAUCAUUCGUAUUCUGGCCCAGUCACAAGGAGCAAUUACGUUUAAAGUUGUUCCUGGCAUCAAAGAGGAGGUGCCAUCCAAAGAGCCAAAGGUGUUUGUGAAGGCGCUCUUUGACUAUGACCCUAAGGAGGACAAAGCCAUCCCAUGUAAAGAAGCUGGGCUGGCCUUCAAGAAGGGCUCCAUCCUUCAGAUUAUGAGCCAAGAUGAUGCAACCUGGUGGCAGGCCAGACACGAGGGGGAGGCCAAUCCCCGUGCUGGCCUUAUCCCGUCCAAACAGUUCCAGGAGAGGAGAUUUGCACUGCGCCGACCUGCUGCGACUCUCCCGUUCCAGAGGACCUCUAGCCGACGAUCAUCUGGGUUCAGGAGAAGCUUCCGUCUCAGCAGGAGGGACAAGAAGACCAACAAGUCCAUGUACGAGUGUAAGAAGAGCGAAAUGUACGACAUGGCUGACGUGCCAACAUAUGAGGAAGUCACCUCUUACUGCAGGCAGAGUGGAGACAAACACAGGCUGGUCGUCUUAGUAGGACCCACAGGUGUUGGCAUGAAUGAGCUCAAGAGGAAACUGUUGAUCUCAGACCCACAGCACUUCAGUGUGACCAUCCCACACACCAGUCGAGCCAAGAGGAGCCAGGAGAGCGACGGUGUGGAGUACCACUUCAUCUCCAAACACCUCUUUGAGACCGAUAUCCACAACAGCAAGUUCAUCGAGUAUGGCGAGUACAAAGGGAAUUACUACGGGACAAGUUUAGACUCGAUACGCUCCGUCCUCUCCAAGAACAAAGUGUGCUUAUUGGAUGUCCAGCCUCAUACGUUAAAGCACCUGCGGACGGCAGAAUUUAAACCCUAUGUAGUGUUUGUGAAGCCUCCUGCGAUCGAGAGACUGAGGGAGACCAGACAGAAUGCCAAAAUCAUAUCAGGCAAAGAUGACAAGGGAUCUGCCAAAUCAUUCACGGAGGAGGACUUCCAGGAGAUGAUGAGAAUGGCCCAGAUGAUGGAGACCCAGUAUGGCCAUCUGUUUGAGAAGGUCAUAGUCAAUGAUGACCUUUCGACGGCCUUCGGCGAGCUGCGCUUGGCACUAAAGAAAGUGGAGAUGGAGACUCACUGGGUUCCAGUCAGCUGGACUCACUCCUGAUAUUCAAACAGACUGUGAAAAGAGAAAAGGGAAGGGCUUUGACAGAAAUAUACAGGUGUUUUAUCUUUCUAUGUCUGCUGUGGCUGGUGCUGGGGGCGGGAAGAGUGGGUAAAAUAAAACAGCGCCAGACGGCUGUCGCCAUACCUGAGCUGCACAGAGCUACGAAUAAGUUUUGCUUGGGAUCAGGUUGGAUUUAGACUUCAGCUGUGGCCUGGAUGUGGAUCUCCAGGUCUAACUGAGUUCUGACAGGGUUGAGGCUAAGGGCGCCAGUCCAGAAUUUAAUCCUUGGACAUUGAUCUGGGUCUCAGUCUGGGUCAUACGACCAUGACCACGAGUUUGAGCUCUUUGGUCCAAACCAGAAUGUGGAACGUGCUUGGACCAUCACAGCACCAGCAGUGCUGCCAGCACAUCAGCAACCGCGCCAACCAGGACUCCGUCUUCAGUGUGUUUAUAACAUUAGGCCAUUAGAAACCAAAGGGAUUGACAUAUUUCUUCUUGGUUGACAACUUACAUGCAUAUGUGUGUAAAAGAGCACAACCUCUGAGGUGGGAAAAGAGGAGAAAAGAAAACACAUUUGCCUUGUGUCUUACUGUAUUUCUACGCUUCUAUAAUGUUUCCAUGACUGUUACUCCAAACAAAACACUGUCAGGUACACUCUCAAAAAAGGGCAGUAAGUGUAAUUUUAUUUAUGAGAAAUUAAUAUAUUUUCUAAUAUCCUGCAGUUUGUACAUAUCUUGACUUUUCGAGCAACCUGAUCUCAACUGUAGCCACCUCUCUCACAGCUUUUUACACAGGAGACGUCUCUUCUUUCGCUCAAGUGUUUUGAUUUCAUCAUACUAGUUUAGUUUUUCCCCCUACAAAGCACAUAGAGAGCCAUUUUAUUUAGGUGUUAUAUAUUCCAUUUAGGAGCGUUUUGAAAAGCCACCCUGCGUGUGACGGUGCCCAGCAUAACAGCUUUGCCAUUUUAAAUCCCAAAACUGGACACUUUUGGCUGUCUGCUAGAAGAAAAUGUUCACAAUUGUGUUUUAUUAGGGUGGAGUCUUUAUUUUUAUUCUCAUAAAAAUGGCUACAGCAAGACUGCUAAUAGAGGGUCCUCAGCAUACUUCCAGGAUUUUAGCUCAGUGAAAUGCUAAGUAGCCGCUCCUGACUUUAUGAGCAUUAGAGGUUUCUUGCUCAUUUGAGUCUCCCAUUCUCAGCCUAACUUGCUCAUUUUUAGUCAGUACUUUUCUUUUUUAAUCUUUUAUCAGAGAUAAUCUUAAUCUUAAAUUCUGGUACAUUGAUUUUCAAAGCAGUUGGUCAUUUAAUAUGGAUGUAUUAUUAGAAUUAACAAUGUUACACUCUCAAUAGAUGCUUGAUUCUUUGCUGCAAAUGUACUUAACACUUUAAAGAAAUAGUUUGCCUUCUUAAUUGUUUUCUUGUCAAUAUACAUAAGAAGAUGAAUCUUUUUUUUUUUUUUUUAUCUUUGUACAGGUGGUCACCAUACUGUAUAAAUCCUCUUUGCCCAGUUCAGGUUGCAUUGCACAAAUGUUUUCCACCUAUUAUGAUGCUGCAUAUUACACAUAUUUUGAUUUCCGUCCAUUAAAACAAAAAGAAAAGGGUUAUGAGCAUUUAAGAUGUUUAGUCAUGAUAAUAAACAUUUUAUAGGGACUUUCACACCUGUCACCCCUUUACUUGGCACCUAGUUUUAAUUCAUUUUGCUAUCACCUCAAGUUCCCAUUUUACUUACUUGUCCACCUCUUCAGAUCUUACCUCUCUAUAUAUGUUUUAUUGAUCAAAAUCAGAUUUAUACAGUCUCUAGAAAAUAUUUUUCAUUUUUUGCUGUAAAUGAACUGCUGGUUAUGAGGCAAGCUAUAUGAAUUUACAUUAUUCUUGAUAACUGAUACAUUUUAUAUUAAAGAAAAUGCAGCUAAA